AAACCGGCUUCUCAUCCCUCAGGCAGUCCAAACUGUAUAAAAGCCUUCUCCACUCAGGGUUAUUCCAACCUCUUCUCUUCACUCCUUCUCAGCUAACUGGAUUGAACUCCAUCCCUACAAGAUGUCUUGCUACGACCUGGUCUCCAGCUCUGCCUGUGGCGUUGCUCGCCCUCAGCCCCUCGCUGACACCUGCAACGAACCAUGUGUCCGUCAGUGCCCUGAUACCACCACUGUGAUCCAGCCACCUCCAGUGGUCGUCACCUUCCCUGGCCCCAUCCUCAGCUCUUUCCCCCAGGAUUCAGUUGUGGGAUCCUCUGGAGCACCCUUUGUUGGGGGCUAUGGAGGCCUGGGAGGCUAUGGCUCACUUGGCUAUGGGGGUUACGGCUAUGGGGGCUAUGGCUCCCUGGGCUAUGGGGGUCUCUAUGGCUAUGGGGGCUAUGGCUCUCUGGGCUAUGGUGGUCUCUAUGGCUGUGGGAGCUCUCUGGGUUACAGGGGACUGUAUGGAAGAUCCUAUGGGUUUGGCUCUUGCAGCCCUUACUCCUACCGUUUCAGCAGGUACCGCCGUGGUAGCUGUGGCCCCUGCUAAAUCCUACUGAAAUAUCCCCUGAUCAAAGAAUGACUGGCAAAUAUAUGAUAUAGUUUCAAUCUUCAACUGAGUUCCUGAGUAAGGGGCAGAGCAUCAAGGACUUUCACUUCAAGCAGUGGAAUCAGAAUAGCUCCAUAAAUCACACUUCUUGUUUCCUUCUUUGUUUCAUCUCCUCCUCCUUGCUCCCGCCAGUGGCUAAAUGUGUCAACUCCACCAUCCUAGAGGAUGCCUGCUUCUCCCUGAAACUGCCACCUCCUGGGAGAAGUCUGAAGGAACACUUCUCUUGAAGUCUGGGUAGACAACAUGCCGGCUUCUGUCUUAUGUUAUCUUUCUCCACUGCAAUAAAACAAGUCUGCAUCCAA